AUGGCCGAGCUAACAGCCGCGGCUUCUCAGGCCGUUGGCGGUUCUGGCUCGGCCCGUCACUCGCUGCCUGUCACCGUUCUGUGUCAGAUGGAGGCCGGGUGUCGGCUGCGGGAGUUCUGGACAGGACUGGCGCCGGCCUUUCCGGAUCCGGCCGCUCUGAUGGACGUGGCCGACCCAGACGAGAGGGCCCUCACCAUGCUCCUCAAGACGCUCUACGUCGUCUUCAAAGGGGUGCUGGAGGAGCGUCACCGGCUGAGCUGCGCCCCAAACGCGCCCUCCUCGCCCUCCCAGGUCCAGCCCAGCCAAGCGAGCGAAGCCCACUCCAGCCAGACCGUUACAGAGCUCGCCGACGUCACCUCCUCGCCGACGUCGCCAGCGUCGUCGCCGCUCUCCCCUCCGGCAGUUCUGGUACCCGAGACCGUGGACGCCUCGCCCCGGCGCACGUGGCAGCAGCCCGUGCCCGAGACAGCAUAG